AUGCAAUCAACUGUUUCUCCGUCUUCUCUUGUACGUACUUCGCCAGUUAGACGUGACAAUACAGAGCACAACACACGCUUGGCAACUCUUCGUCCUACCUCGUCUGAUGUAGUCAGUUCUUCUGACUCAGAAGAUGAACCUUUAUUGAAUCCACGUCGACUGCGCCAACCGCAACAACAACAGCAAUCGCAACCACAACCACAACUACAACCACCCCUGCCUGAGGAAGACGACCAUGAUUGGGCGAGCCAGCGUGAUGCGGAGCAAGGGAUUGCCGAUACUCUUCAUGAGUUGAAUGCAGGAAUCAAUAAUUAUCGUACGAUCCUUAGAAGACGACAGCGCGAGGUAGUCGACCGCAAACGCACUCGUACCGAUAGAAUCGACAAAUAUUUGACAGUAGUCGGCCGGUAUCGAGCAGACGAACAAGACAAAGAACGUGGCGUGACGACCACCCAUUCACUCGCUAUCUCUAGAUUCCAUUAUAGUUUCCAUUUAUCUCGACCUUAG